UCCAUUAGUGAAAGAAAUGAUUAGAGAGACACGGGGAGAAAGUACUACAGACGAGAGUUCCGAAAAUCAAUCAGGCAGCGGUAAGAGAAUAAAAAGAGUUCUAGUUAAAGUCCUGCCUAUAAAUUCACCACGAUUAGACAGAAGGAAAGUUAAAUUUACAAGAUCAGUAAGACAAAAACAAAUAUUUAUUCCAAAAAUAUGGGAAAAACUUUAG